CAAAAUACUAAAAUUCAGCCAAUUAUAUGAAAAACAUGUCUGUGUUCCGGCCCUUUAUGGACCAUCUGGAUAGCUAUAUUACAAAAUAAAUUGUUUUUUUGCCUUCUAGAAGCUACAAUCUGUGGGGAGACUACACGCGGGAACACCUAAAGCUAAACACUCGUGAAGUUGGCGCAACCAAACCAGGUUUGACAAUGAGAGCCUUUAUAACAUGUAUCGCGUUCUUCUUGGUGGUCGGGUUGGUUUUCGGCGAAGAAAGAGAUGAGAGCAACAUCAAGGCAUCAGAAAAGAGUGACAAGCUUCCCAAAGGAGCGCCAUCAUUACCAGAUGCAGUAGCCGCCAAGAAAUGCAAGCCAAUGUUCGCCGCAUGCAGAAAACAAUCCCCUGAGAAAGUGCGAGAGUGCUUUACCGCCUUCUACAACGGCUGCUUCCUCAAGGUGCGCAACAUGCUCAACAAUAUAGAGAAAUGUCUGUCCGCUGCUGACCAGGAGAUCGUGGACGCAUACAUGGCAGCACGUUUGGAACAGUCUAUGGGAGGAGAGUAGACUGGAUCCAAGAGUGCAAAAAAAAAAAAAAAAACAAUUUACCCAACGCUAACAGCCCUAACUUAAUGAUAUGCUCGGUGUAAUGCUAUGUUAUCCGCUAAUAAAAAUGUAACUACCUAAUGCUACCGGUUAUUUUUAGAGGCAGCAGGAAAAUAAUAAUUUUCAACAUGUUCUGUGUUAACUUGAUUAUUAUAAAUAGCUCUGUCUAAUGUUAUAUUGUGCUCUAAAGGAAAGCAGCUUAUCACCUACAGCUACGAGUAAUUUCCAGUCAGUGAUGUAUUCGCAUUAAAAACAUAAUUCGCAAAUGGAAUCCUUAUCUGUUUGAGUAAAUAAAAAGAGGAUAGGGAACGGGCCAAAAAAACAGUUUACAACCCCGCGUUAACGGUUGUUCUAAUUCUGAUAUUUCAAAAACAAUUUGCAACACUAACUUAAAAGAGAACACAUUCCAAUUAACUUUAUUUAAGUUAUCUGUAUAUGACAACUUGCAUAAAAUAAAACUAAAUAUCUUAGAA